AUGCGAUUUGGGAUUGGGAUCGUGGGUCUCCGGCGAUCCCGAGUGUGGAACCACCGCGGAGGCUCUGUGUUACCCCGGGUGUCAACGGCGGCGGGAGGCAAGUUUGCCGGAGACAGAGUCUCGGCCACCAUGGCCCCCACGCUGAAGCAGGCGUACGGCAGGCGCUGGUGGAUGGCUUGCACCGCUGUGUUGGAGAACCUCUUCUUCUCCGCGGUGCUCCUGGGCUGGGCCUCCCUGCUGAUCAUGCUCAAGAAGGAAGGCUUCUAUUCCAGUCUAUGCCCAGCUGAGAACAGGACCAAUACCACCCAAGAAGAACAGCACCAGUGGCCAAGCUGUGACCAGCAGGACAAGAUGCUCAACCUGGGUUUCACCAUUGGCUCCUUCCUGCUGAGUGCUACCACACUGCCUCUGGGGAUUCUCAUGGAUCGCUUUGGGCCCCGGCCCCUGCGCUUGGUGGGCAGUGCCUGCUUUGCUGCGUCCUGCACUCUCAUGGCUUUGGCCUCUCGGGACACUAAAGUUCUGUCUCCAUUGAUAUUCCUGGCACUGUCCUUGAAUGGGUUUGCUGGCAUCUGCCUCACGUUUACCUCACUUACUCUGCCCAACAUGUUCGGGAACUUGCGCUCCACUUUCAUGGCCCUCAUGAUUGGUUCCUAUGCGUCUUCUGCCAUCACGUUCCCUGGGAUCAAGCUGAUCUACGAUGCUGGAGUAUCCUUCAUGGUCAUCAUGUUCACUUGGUCUGGCCUGGCCUGUCUUAUCUUUCUGAACUGUGCUCUCAACUGGCCUGCAGAAGCCUUUCCUGCCCCUGAGGAAGUUGAUUACACGAAGAAGAUCAAAUUCAUUGGGUUAGCCUUGGACCACAAGAUCACAGGUGACCGCUUCUACACCCAUGUAACCAUCGUGGGCCAGCGGCUGAGUCAAAAGGCCCCCAGCCUGGAGGAGGGGGCUGAUACCUUUAUUUCAUCCCAGGAUAUCUCUGGUACUUCAGAAAAACACCGUGAAAAAUCUGUCCCCUUUCGCAAGAGCCUCUUCUCUCCCAUCUUCCUGUGGAGCCUCCUCACCAUGGGCAUGACCCAACUGCGGGUCAUGUUCUACAUGGCUGCCAUGAACAAGAUACUGGAGUUCCUUGUGACUGGUGGCCGGCAGCAUGAGAAGAGUGAGCAGAGACAAAGGGUGGAAGAGACAGUUGAAUUCUACUCCUCCAUCUUUGGAGUCAUGCAGCUGCUGUGUCUUCUCACCUCCCCCCUCAUUGGCUACAUCAUGGACUGGCGUAUCAAGGACUGUGUGGAUGACCCAACUGAGGGCGCCCUGAGUGAGAGUGCUUCCUUUGGAGAUACCAGGGAUGGGACUACCACGAAGUUCACCAGACCACGCUACCGAAAGAUCCAAAAGCUCACCAAUGCCAUCAAUGCCUUCACCCUGACCAACAUUCUGCUUGUGGGUUUUGGCAUCACUUGCCUCAUCAGUAACCUACACCUGCAGUUGAUGGCCUUUGUCCUGCACACCAUAGUUCGUGGUUUCUUCCACUCGGCCUGUGGAGGUCUCUACGCUGCAGUGUUCCCUUCCAAUCAUUUUGGGACAUUGACAGGCCUUCAGUCCCUCAUCAGUGCCGUGUUUGCUCUGCUGCAGCAGCUGCUCUUCAUGGCCAUGGUGGGACCUCUGCAUGGAGACCCCUUCUGGGUGAACCUGGGCCUCCUGAUUCUCUCCUUCCUGGGAUUUCUGCUACCUUCCUACCUCUUCUACUACCGGUCUCGUCUCCUGAGAGAGUAUGCUACCAAUUUUCCAGGCCCACAGAAGGUGCUCAAUGAUUCCAAGGUGGCCACAUAGACUCCUGAGGCCGAGGGACUCGUAGGUCAGGCAACCAAGGCUUGCUAAAGCAGAGGGAAAGCCUCAGGGGCUUUCUACCCGCGUCGUGUGCAUGGAGCCAAGGGGCCGUGGAUUUAUAAAUACUAAGAGUUCUAUUUUUGUAGGGACUUGCAAAAAGGGAAACAAAACAAAAAACAGACUUUAAAAAUAUUCUCCAAAGCAAGCUGUCUAUUAACCGAAGACAGCGCCUAUUCCAGUGGUAUUGGGCCAUCUUGGACUGGAGGAAACCAGAGUGUGGGCUGCCCUUUCUCCACACUUGCCCUAGGAGCCUCUGUGGCACGGCCUUCUGAAGACUCCGGGGAUCAGUGAGCAGACUAUCCCAAGAUUCUGGCUGCAGAGUGUGCACGCAUCCAUCCUGUGCACAUGCA